AUGGAAUAUCAGCAGCACCCUAUGCACCAGGAGCGCCAACCAACAGUACUUCAGAUGCUUCGGAAAAGAUCGGAAUUCUUGAUGCUGUUGUUAAAGUGGACGGCACUGCUUUUUGCACCGGCCCCUGAGACAAAGCCCUCAGGAGACGACUCUGACGAAGUGACUUACGGCAACAAUCCAGUUUAUCCGCUUUGUCCAUCCACUUGCUUACCAAAUUGGCUCGGAGAUGGUUGGUGUGACACAGAGUGUUCGACGCUAGACUGUGGACGGGACAGCGGAGAUUGCGAGGGAUGGUGUUCACCAGACUGUAAAUCUGAAUGGCUUGGCGAUGGAUACUGCGAUGUAGAUUGUUUCCGUAAAGAGUAUCAAUGUUCCCCUGGAUGUGCAAAUGCUUGGCUUGGCGAUGGAGAUUGUGAUUACACUUGUAACGUCGGAGAAUGUGGUUUCGACAAGGGAGAUUGCAAAAUCUGUACUGAAGGCUGCGAGCCCGGAAUGGUUGGGAACGGUAUUUGUGACACAACUUGUGACAUUGAAGGCUGCGAAUCUGAUGCUGGAGAUUGUUAUGGAGUUUGUUGGGUCGCGCAAAAAAUCGAUUAUGAGACAGAGCCAUUCUUUUAUCCCCAUUGCCGGACGGAGUGGAAGGGAGAUGGUUAUUGCGAUUGCUUCUGUAUGACAGAAUCUUGUGAUUAUGAUUACGGAGAUUGCAAAGGAUUUGAUUGCUCAGGUACGCGACCAGAUGAAGUGCGAAAAUAUCCAUAA